UCCAUAUAGAUGCCUAAUUUUGAUUCCUUGGUAUCUCGCCUGAGAUCCUGCAAGAGCCUGGUGGAAGCCGCGGAGAUCCACUCGGGGAUCGCGCCGGAGAGGGCGAGCUUGUACGUCGCCAACUUGGUGGUGGAGAUGUAUGGACGCUGCGGCUGCGUGGAGGCCGCCCGGGCGGUGUUUGAGUCCAUGCAGGGCAAGCGCAACCCCUUCUCGUGGAAUCUCAUGAUCCAGGCGUACGCCCGCAAUGGGCAUGUUGACGAGGCCAGGGCACUCUUCGACGCAAUGCCGGAUGGCGAGCGGGAUGUUGUCGCCUGGAACACGGUGAUCGCCCUCUACGCACGGAGCGAUCUUCCGCUCAAUGCCAAGUUGCUGUUCGAUCGGAUGGAGUUUCGUGAUCUUGUCUCGUGGACUUCUGUCGUGGUGGCGUUUGCCAGAACUGGGGAUCUAGAGCAGGCGAGGGCUUUGUUCGACGUCAUGCCUGAGUGGAAUCAAGUGUCGUGGACGGCAUUGAUCUUGGCUUACGGACAAGCAGGAAAAAUGCAGCUGGCCAAAGAUCUGUAUGAUUCCAUGCCGUGGCAAGACUCCGUGACUUGGACGACAAUGCUUCAAGUUUAUGCCCAAUCUGGGCAUCUGGAGGAAGCUCGGCUUAUGUUUGAGGCGCAUCCAAAUCGGACUGUCGUGUCGUGGACGGUUUUACUGGCGUCGUAUGCGCAGGCCUUGUGGAUCGACGAGGCCGCAGAAUUGUUUCGUAAAAUGCCGCACAAGGACGUGGUUGCAUGGAACGUUUUCAUUGCCGGACUUACCCACAAUGGGGAUUUUCUGGCAGCGAAACGCGCCUUCGAUCAAAUGCCGCGAAGAAGUGUCGUUUCGUGGAAUCUGAUCGUAUCCUUGUACGCGAGGGAGCUGCUGAUCGAAGAGGCGAGGUUUCUCUUUGAAUCUAUGCCCGAGAAGACGGAGGUUUCAUGGGGCACGAUCAUCGCGGCAUAUGCCCGGAAUGGGCAUAUACGCCAGGCGAGGCGCCUCUUCGAUGCGAUGCCACGCCCGGAUCUCGAGUCGUGGAACGCGGUUCUUGCGGCCUCGGCGCGCUCCGGCGAGUCCCUCGCGCUGCUGCGGCUGAUGUGCGUCGAGGGCAUCGCCCCCAACGCGAUCUCGCUGCUGGGCGUGAUGAACUCGUGCAGCCAUCUGGGCCUCGUGGACGAGGGCGUGAGGAUCUUCGCGUCGUUGCAAUGGGACCUCGCGAUCGCGCCGAUGAAGGAGCACUACUGCUGCGUGAUCGAUCUUCUCGGGAGGUCCGGGGAUGUGGAGGCCGCGGGGGAGCUGAGCGGUGCCAUGCCCAGCGGUGGCGACGUGGUGGCGUGGAUCACGGUGCUGGCUUCGCGCAGCGUCCAGCGCGGUGACCACGAGAGGAUCGAAUGCGCCGCGCUCAUGGAACGAGCAAGGAGUUUAAAUGGUUUAAGCAGGAAGUAG